AACCAACAACAACAUACAAGACAGUUUUUAUCAGUCCAGAUAGAGCAAUACUAUAAGUAGAAGACAUUCUAAGUUUUCGUUUUGUAGGCUUCUGGACAAUUUGUCCAUUUUUAUGGCAUCUAAUAAUCCCAGUAGCCUAUUAAAAGUGUUUCUCCUUGUUUCCAUAUUUGAGCAUAAGCUAUAUGUGCAGUGAACAUUAUAUAGAGAAGUAUUCUGCCAUUACCCCCCCCCCCCCAUUGUUCUUCAAUUCUGUUUAAAAAAUGUUUCAGGUUUAAAUUUUAUGUCUUCAGGUAGCAUCGAAUAUUUUUUUAUAAUGUACUUGAGAGUAAUGAGGUGCCUUUCAUAUUAAGAAAAGAUGUUGCAAAAGAAGUCAGAGAAUAUUAUGCAAAAUCAGACUGAAUCUCAAUAAGGCGCCACAGGAAACCUAUGAAUAUCACCAUAAUUCAAGUAUAUGCACCAACCAAGAACAAGAAAAAAUUGAUAGAUUUUAUUAAGGAGUACAGGAAGAAAUUGACGACACACCAACAUAGGAUGGCAAGAUUGGAACUCAAAGGUUGGAAGUAAAGAAGAAUGAAAAACAGUAGGCAGAUUUGGACUAAGCAAAAGGAAUGAAGCAGGUGUGCGUCUGACAGAUUUUUCUUAAGCCAAUUACCUAUUCAUUGCAAACACAUUUUUCAUACAACCGGAGAAAAGGUUAUACACAUGGACAUCACCAGAUGGCCAACAAAAACAAACAAACAGAUUACAUAAUUGGAAGUAAAAGAUGGCAAAGCUCCAUGCUGAUGGCCAAGACUAGACUAGGCUCUGCUUCUGGCACAGAUCACUAACAACUCAUUUCAAAACUAAAACUAAAACCCAAGAAGAGAACAAAACCAGUCAUCAUACCAAAAUACGAUUUAAAUGACAUUUCCACAGAAUUCAUUGACAACAUAAGGUACAGAUUUCUCCUACUAAGAACAAUAGAUUGUGAACCGGAGGAGCUGUGGUCUGAAGCCAGGGACAUAAUAAAAGAAGAAUGCAUAAAAACACUUCCAACAGACAAAAAGAAAAUGAAAAAACCACAGGUGACAAAUAAAAUGCUACAAACAAUAAAGGAAAGAAGAGAAACAAAACAAAAAAGAAAUAGGAAUAAACUAAGAACCAUGAAUGCAACAGUACAACGGCUAGUGUGCAAAGAUAUGGAAAAUUACUACAAUGACAAAUGUAGAGAAAUAGAAGACAACAAAAAAAGGGAAGAAUGAGAGACCUACUCCACUAGACUCAAGAAAUCAAGAGAAAAUUCAAACCAGGGACCGGGAUGCUCUACAACAAUAAAAAUAACAUAAUUCAAGAACAGGAAAGAAUAAAAAGAUGAUGGAUGGAAUACAGAGUAAAGUUAUAUAAAACAGAUGAUAACAUGAAGGACACAUGGAACAAAGAGCCUUAUGAAGAUGAACCCCAAAUUCUAAAGUCUGAGAUGGAAGCUGCAAUAAAGGAAAUGGCAAAAAACAAGACUCCAGGAACAGAUGACUCCAGGAACAGAUAUUCCAAUAGAACUGUUGCCAUCCACAUUGACAGAGUAAACUCUAGUGAUAACCAACAUAUGUCAACAGAUAUGGAACACAAAACAAUAGACUUGGAAGCGAUCAAUAUACAUUUCCACAUUCCCAUCUAUGAAAAAGGAGACAAACGAGACUUCAGCAAAUUUAGAACCACAGCACUAAUCUGUGCAUGUAAAAUCAUGCUCAAAAUUCUGCAACAUAGGCUCCAACCAUACAUGGAGAGAGAAAUCUCAGAGGGAAUCCAAGCAGGGUUCAGGAAAGGAAGAGGCACCAGGGAUCACAUUGCAAAUAAAUAAUGGCUAAUGGAACGUAGCAGCGAGUUCCAAAAGAAAAUCAGCUGAGUAAAUUUCCAGGAGAUGGCUGGGGAAAUUCAAGAAAAGCCCAAAAUACACUUUCCUUUCCCAUAUACACCAUAUUCUAUUCAAGAAGAAUUCAUGACUAAACUUUAUCAGGUCUUGGAAGCUGGAAAGAUUGGCAUAUUUGAGAGCCCAACUGGCACAGGAAAAUCUUUGAGUCUUAUUUGUGGAGCUCUUUCUUGGCUCCGAGACUUGGAAGAGAAAAAGAGGCAGGAAGAGGCUCGGGUACUGGCAGGUGAAAUUAAUGGGAAGGAUACAAACAAACAGUGUGAGAAAGGCAGCACAGAGUUUGCAGCCAGCCAGCUGUCAACUGGGGAGCCAGAUUGGAUAACUCAAUUUGUGCAAAAAAAAGAAGAGCGAGAAAUGGCACAGAAGCUGAAGGAAGAGCAAAUCAGGAGGAAGAAGCGAGAAGAACGUCUGGAGCAAAUUCGUCACAAUGUGCAGCUGAAAUACAUGUCUAAAAGAAAGAGAACUGAGGAGAAGGAGAUGGAACAGCUGCUCCAGCUCAGUAGGGACAUCUUGGCUAACCCAAGUGACUCAAGUGCUUUGGAGCCAUUGGAUCAGAGUGAGGAAGACCUGAUCCUUGCAGAGUAUGAGAGUGAUGAGGAGAAGAAAGUGGGAAACAGGAUAAGUAAAGCUGAUGAUGAUGAUGAUGAUGAUGAUGAUGAUAUAGAGGAGGAACAUGUGACAAAGAUUUACUACUGCAGCCGAACACAUUCUCAGCUGGCUCAGUUUGUGCAUGAAGUUCAGAAGAGCCCAUUUGGCAAAGAGAUCCGGCUGGUGUCCUUGGGAUCUAGGCAGAACUUGUGCGUGAAUGAGGAGGUGAGGCAUCUGGGAGCUGUCCAGUUCAUCAAUGAUCGUUGUAUGGAGAUGCAGAAGAAUAAACAUGAAAAGAAGAGCAUAGGAGAGGAGACUGAAGGAAAAAAGAGGCGUAUAAGCCGUACAGUGUGUCCAUUUUACUCCUUUGAGCACAUGCAACUUCUUCGGGAUGAAGUUCUGGUCCAGGUGAAAGAUAUAGAGCAGCUGGUGACUCUGGGGAAGGAAAUGAAGGCGUGUCCAUACUAUGGAAGCCGAUAUGCCAUCCCAGCUGCUCAGCUGGUGGUAUUGCCGUAUCAGAUGCUUUUGCAUGAAGCUACUAGAACUGCAUCUGGGAUCAAAUUGAAGGAUCAGGUUGUGAUCAUUGAUGAAGCCCACAACCUGAUUGAUACCAUCACCUGCAUCUACAGUGCCCAGGUUAGCGGAUCUCAGCUAUGCUGUGCCCAUUCCCAGCUGUCGCAGUACUUGGAGCGAUAUAGGAAACGACUAAAGGCAAAGAAUUUGAUGUACAUUAAGCAGAUUCUAUUUUUGCUGGAGAGGUUUGUGGCUGUUCUAGGAGGAAAUAUAAAUCAAAACCCCAACACACAGAACAUCUCAGAGGCAGGAGUGGAGCUGAAAUCUAUCAAUGACUUCCUCUUCCAGUGUCAGAUUGACAAUAUCAACCUCUUCAAAGUUCAGCACUACUGUGAGAAAAGCCUGAUCAGCCGGAAGUUAUUUGGGUUUGUGGAAAAAUAUGGAGCAUCUGGAGCACUGAAAAUAAGAACAGCAGACCAGAAGAUGGUUGGCUUGCAGAAUUUCCUGGAAAUCUUGAAUAAGAGACAAGGGAAGGAAGGGAUCCCACAGGAUUCCUCUGAAGAGGCUGAGAACGACCAGCCCAAAAUGGUAUCUCCUCUGAUGCACAUAGAGGGGUUCCUAGCAGCACUCACAAAUGCAAAUCAAGAUGGAAGAGUAAUCCUCACCAGGCAAGGUACUCUAGCUCUCAGCAGCCUCAAGUUUCUUCUGUUGAAUCCAGCAGUGCACUUUGCCAAGGUUCUGAAGGAAUGUCGGGCUGUGAUCAUUGCUGGGGGCACCAUGCAACCGGUGGCUGAUUUCCGGGAACAGCUGCUCCUGUGUGCAGGUGCCAGUACUGAGAGGAUUGAAGAGUUCUCAUGUGGUCAUGUGAUUCCUCCAGACAACAUUUUACCCAUUAUCCUCUGCAGUGGCCCAGCCAACCAGCAGCUGGAAUUCACCUAUGAGAAGAGAAGCCUGCCUCAGAUGAUGGAGGAAACUGGCAGGAUUCUUUGCAACAUGUGUAACAUUGUCCCUGGUGGGAUGGUGUGCUUCUUUCCUUCCUAUGAGUAUGAGAAGCAGGUAUACAUGCACUGGGGGAAGACAGGGCUGCUAACCCAACUGGCUUCAAAGAAAAAGAUAUUUCAGGAACCCAAGAGUGCUAACCAAGUGGAGCAGGUGUUGGCUGAGUAUGCCAAGUGCAUCAAGCGUUGCAGCCAAACAGUGGGACCCAUGACAGGUGCAUUGCUGUUUUCAGUAGUUGGUGGGAAAAUGAGUGAAGGAAUCAAUUUUUCUGAUGACCUAGGAAGGUGUGUGAUUAUGGUGGGCAUGCCCUACCCCAACAUCAAGUCUCCAGAACUUCAAGAGAAAAUAGCAUAUCUUGAUAAGACAAUGCCCAAAACAGCUGGCCAAGCACCAGGCAGAACACUCAUUGACAACCUGUGCAUGAAAGCAGUCAACCAGUCAAUAGGAAGAGCCAUUCGACAUCAAAAUGACUUUGCUAGCAUUGUGCUCUUAGACCACAGGUAUACACGCCCAGCUAUUUUCAACAAGCUGCCUCAGUGGAUUAAAAGCAGAACCCAAGUCAAGGCUGGUUUUGGACCAGCAUUUGCAGCACUAAGAAAGUUCCACUGGGAGAAGAGCUCAACUGUUAAAGCUGUAUCUUCUUGAUUCUAAUAGAUGUGGCUUGAGGCUAUCAUAUUGUUUGUAUGAAGUGCUGUCUUCAUAUUUGAAUGUAUUGAGUUUUCUUUUAUUGUUUAUUGUUAAUGUGUAGAUAUUUUUCCACUGUAAUAAUUACAAGUAUUUUUAAAUCUGCUGUUCAGGGAGAUUUCUUCCAUUCACACCCAACAGAGUCUUUCUGUUCCACAACAUAAAUUUGAAGUUAGAGCAGAAAUGGGGAGGAUGUGGCCUUCCAGAGAUUGUUGGCUCUAGCAUAGAGAAUUACAGCUCAACAACAUCUACAGCAGGUGUGGGAAUCAUUCAGCCCUACAGAUAUUGUUGAACUGGAAGUCCCAGUAACCCUGUGUAGCAUAGUAAAUG